AUCUUUUAAGCAAUGGCCAUAAUCGUCCUUCAUGCUACGAUUUUAUUUCUAGCAUUUACAGUGACCAUUCUCCUUUUCAAAAAAAUAACAACUACUUCAACCUUACCUCCUAAAUCUUGUUUACCGCCAGGCCCUAAACCAUGGCCAAUUAUUGGCAAUAUUUCAAUAAUGAUAAGAAAUAAACCAUUUUUUCGAUGGGUGCAUGAUACAAUGUCAAAAAUGGGCUACGAGAUAUUUUGCAUUCGCCUAGGGAGCGUGCAUGUGAUAGCUGUUACCUCUCCAGAGAUUGCAUGCGAGUUCCUGAAGAAACAAGAUGAAAAUUAUAUGGCACGUCCUACGUUCCUAUCAGCUGAGCUAGCGAGCGGUGGAUUUUCCGGGACGAUCUUUACGACAGUUGGUGACCAGUGGAGAAAGAUGAAACGUAAAGAUGAUCUUCUUGAUGUUCUAAUCACUUUAAAGGAUGACCAAGGAAACACUCUAUUGACAUCGGAAGAGAUUAAGGCUCAAAUUUUGGAAAUAAUGGUAGCAACAAUUGACAACCCAUCAAACGCUGUCGAAUGGGCUAUUGCUGAGAUGAUAAAUCAACCAGAGACAUUGGUAAGAGCCGUUCAAGAAUUAGACCAGGUUGUCGGAAAGAACCGGCUUGUUCAAGAAUCCGACCUGAACAAUCUCAAUUACAUUAAAGCUUGCGUUAAAGAAUCUUUUCGUCUCCAUCCAAUAGUCGCAUUCAAUCUCCCACACGUGUCUAUCUGUGACACCAUGGUGGCUGGUUAUUUCAUACCUAAGGGUAGCCAUAUUCUUUUGAGCCGUCCAGGUCUGGGACGUAACUCUAAAAUAUGGAAUGAACCGCUUCGAUUCAAUCCUGAGCGUCACCUUAAUUAUGAUGGCUCGCAUGUGAUAUUGAAUGAUCCUGAUCUCCACCUAUUGUCAUUUAGUAUAGGUCGGCGUGGUUGUCCCGCGGUUAACCUAGGAUCCACCAUCUCAAUUAUGUUAUUGGCUCGACUUCUUCAAGGUUUCACAUGGAGCCCCCCUCCAAAUACUACUUGCAUUAAACUUUUGGAAGCUAUUGAUGAGAUGUCUCUUUCCAACCCUCUACUAGCCCUUGCAAGUCCGCGCUUGGAUGAGAGGUUGUAUGCAUGCAUCACUUAA